CUCCUCCCCCUCCAUCACCACAAUCGUUAAGAGAUCCAGCAGUCCCAUAUAUAUGACCACAAGGAUGUCGCGAAUCAUCCUACUUCCCCUCUUCACCAUCGCCCUGAUCUCAUCCCUCCCCCUUUCCCGUUCAGCCAACUUUGAGAUAAGGAACCAGUGCUCCUACACCCUAUGGGCAGCAGCCGUCCCCGGCGGUGGUCAGCAGCUCGAUCCUGGCCAGUCCUGGAACCUCUUCGUCAACCCCGGCACCAAGAUGGCACGCAUAUGGGCCCGCACGGGAUGCAACUUCGACGGCAGCGGCCACGGCAGCUGCCAAACGGGCGACUGUGGUGGGGUUUUGGCCUGCCAGGCCUUUGGGCAGCCUCCCAACACCCUGGCUGAGUAUGCGCUGAACCAGUUCAACAACCUCGACUUCUUUGACAUCUCGCUGAUAGACGGGUUCAACGUCCCCAUGGCGUUCAACCCCGUCAGCGGCAGCUGCAAGGGGAUCACCUGCAACGCUGACAUCGUCGGGCAGUGCCCCAACGAGCUUCGGGUGCCCGGUGGCUGCAACAACGCCUGCACUACCUUCAAGCAAGAUCAGUACUGCUGCACCGGAUCAGCGGCAAACAACUGCGGGCCGACCAACUACUCCCAGUUCUUCAAGGACAGAUGCCCUACCUCUUACAGCUACCCCAAGGACGAUGCAACCAGCACUUUCACUUGCUCCAACACUGACUACCAAGUCAUCUUUUGCCCUUAAACUAAGUUUCUCUGGCCGCAUGCAAACAGUAAACGGACCUUAUUAGCUAAUACUGGUACUAAAUAAAAGCAUUUCAAUAAAUGAACGCACUGCUUUCCUUUUAUGCACUUGUAAUUUCAUGGACUGCUUGAUCUCUGUUGAAGCUUGGAUUCCCACAAUUAAUAAAGCAUGUAGCAAGCAGCACCGUCUGCUAGUUGUUGCCA